CGGGCUGAUGCCUUUAUGGCUCAGUUCUGUCUCCAUAUCACUUGACCCCAUCCUGUUGCUAGUAAAUCGGAAGCACAGUGGGCUCCCUGCUUAUGCCACAAACAUGCAUGGAUUCACCUUUGCUGCUGCUCUGUGUGUUUGCUCUUAACGUGUUGAGGCUUCAGAAAUUAUGCAUGCACCGGUUUAUUUUUAGAACAACUGAACGGAAGAAUCGGAUGGAGACGUCGACAGACGACGAAUCACUGCACACAAAGCGUUCACAGUAUUUCUGUUUGUUCUCUGCGCAUUACUCUGCGCUAUGGAGGACAUGCUAAUGAUACUUAUCAGAAAUUGCCACUGAGCUGUAGAUUUGAUGUCUGCUGCUGUAAUUACAGCAGCAGGGGGAGCUGGACUCCACCAGGUUGCGGUUUGAUUGGAUGGUAAAGCUGUGGGCGGAUUUGCGCUGACGUUGUCCAUACUCGGGAUUAACUUGUUUUUAUGUCGCCAUAUCUAUCACAUAUUGCACCGGAUAGCUCGAUCAGCUGCAGUUUGUUUAUAAAGAGUCUUGUUUAGCUUAUUCAAACCUUGAAUCAGUCUUGUGCCUACUUUACGCAUGAAACUGUGGAUAGGCUACCGUGAAGUGCCUGGAUGAAGAGCAGACGGUGCACUGAGGUUACAGUGCUGAUGUCCUGUCACACUGAUGGGGGCCGACAGCAGUAAAAACAGGAAGAGGUCUGCUGAGGGGCAGGUGGAUGAGGACUUGUCAUCUGGAUGGCGUGGUUUUCUCUCCAGCAUGGGUCUAUCUAUCCCAGCAGGUCUCUGUCGCCUGGCCCCACCUGCCCUGCGUCUGGGCCAUCGUCGCAUGCUCCAAGCCAAGAACCCCGACAUCCCAGAGCACGUCCUGAGGUUGGCGGGAGUCGGCCCAGACAAGCUGAGAGCGGAGUGGAGCCUGCCAGCGUUCAUUGCCAUGUUCCUGCCUGAAUUCCCUCACAAAACUGUGCCUGGGCAUGAGCACUUUCAGGUGUUGAGUUACAUCGCCAAAGGUUCGUUUGGACCCAUUCUGAAAGUGAAGGACAAGAGCAAACAAAAAACAUAUGCAGUCAAAGUUAUACCUAAAUCUGAGAUUCUAAGACUUGGCGUCUUGGAGCAGUCUAAAGAAGAAGUUAUAGUCCAGCGUCAGGUUCGCCAUCCAUUUGUCCAUGACCUCCAGGACUGCUGGCAGACUCAGCACCACCUCUACAUUAUGUGUGAGUACUGCAGCACAGGUGACCUGUACACCUACUGGCAGAUGAUUGGUCAGUUCACGGAGGACACAGUACAAGUGUUUGCAGCAGAGCUGGGAUGUGCCCUCGGCUUUCUGCAUGACUUUGGGAUCAUCCACCGAGAUGUGAAGAUGGAGAAUAUCCUGCUGACAGACAACGGACACCUCCGCUUAGCUGACUUUGGUUUGUCCCGUCGCCUGGAGAGAGGAGGGAGAGCUUUUACCAUUUGUGGUACCAUCCAAUACAUGGCCCCAGAGGUGCUCAGUGGUGGACCCUACAAUCAUGCAGCUGAUUGGUGGUCGCUGGGAAUUCUGCUUUAUUCAUUGGCUACUGGGAAGUUCCCGGUGCCUCCAGAAUCAGACCACUGCAGUAUGCUCAGGAAAGUCAGGAGUUUUCCCUAUGAAAUGCCUCUCAGCUUCAGCCCCCCACUUGCCUUGCUAAUAACCGAGCUUUUGUGCAAGAAUCCCUUCCGCCGCCUGAGGACCCUCGAACGUUUCAAGCGCCAAACCUUCUUCCAUGGAACAACCUUUGACCUCGCCCUGCUGCAGCGCCAACCUGUGAAGGUGAUCCUGGAGCUGAGAGAGAGACCAGACAGAGCUGCCAAAGCUCGACGAGGCCUCACUUUGUCCCUGCAGCCUCUCAAGGGCUUCGACUAUGACUCGUUCCUCAGCCCUCCCGCCACACCAGACACGCACCUGGACGCCGGCGCUAAAACUAAACCAGCAGGGCCACUACUGGGCCCAGCACUCCCACUGCAGCCUGCUCAGGAAAAAGGCCCACGCAGAGAAGUGUUUGUGUGAUGAACUUUGAGUUUACAGUAUGGUUACUAAGACAUUAAAGGUAACUUGUAUGUAUUUCUGCACACUUAUUCGCCCUCACACACAGGCGUGGUGCGCCUUCUAAAAUAUCUUAUUUAGUAAAAGCCAAAACAGCUGAUUAUGAUUUAAUUUGAUCUAUAGUUUACAAUGGAAUGAUUUAUUUGACUAAAGAUCACCACUCCCCAACUUGUAUUGGUGGGUUUUAUGUUUUUUUACUGGUCUUUUUGUUUUUGUUACUUGUUUGCCUUUCUCCAUUGAGCACCUUUUCAGGCAUACUGUAUUUGCUCAAUAUUUGUGCAAGACAGAUUGCAGUAUUGUCCACUUAAUUUCAGUUUUCCCACUGAUUGUCAUGGUUGCUCUGUUAAUACAUAAUUCAACUGCUAUCAGGUUCCCCCAACAUGGAAUAGUUAAGCUGUUUGAUACACCGAGAUUAUUUAUUUAUUUCUUACAACAGCCUACACAUACAAGUAGAAAACCAAACAAACUCUUUGAACAGAUCGAGUGUAUUUCUGAGCUUCUGCCUUUAUUUUCAUGUAUGAUUAUAAAACUGUUUUGGCAGAACUCCUUGCCUCAUCUUUCUCAGUCAUUAUGCUGUGAUCUUUACUAUAAAAGCUAUUGUGUACCUUUAUUAAUGCUGUGAUUUAAACUUUCCCAAACGUGACCUUUGCUGCCUAAAUUCUGUAGCAGAAGAAACCUCUCUCCUUCUGUUCUCCUCCUGUACGAUGUGCGACUCAGGUGUGUACUCGCUGGUUUUCCCAGGUCAGCCUUGAAUUUGACUCCGAGGUGGCACCCAGCUGUGCAGAUCUGAGCUGGUGCUGUAGGGUUGAAUGAACAACAGUAUUGUUUACCUCCAGUUAACUUUUUCACAGAUACAGGGCUUUUUCUAUUGUCCAAGGCUGCCGUGAUCCUGUCCACCAAUUGCACCCUGAUGCACUUACCUGAUCGUCAGAUUAUGUUAUGAUUUUGUAAAGUAUGCCCUGGCAUGUACCCAGAAUGCCUCACAUGUUUCACCCCGAGCUUGCUUUUUUGUCACAAAAUGCUUAUUUAUAAAUUCCUCUUUAUAAAGUUUAUAUGAAUAUUUGGAUGCUAUUUGUUGUCAUAUGUUAUGUUACAAUGUAUUUUUGUAAAUACCAUGUAGCACAGAGGAAAUAUUAAAUUCUUGUUGUACAGCCAUCUUCUGAUUCGGAUGUUUUGUCUUUGUGGGGUGUAAAAAUGGGGCCCUGAAAUAGUUUCAU